GUGAGCCUCGGACAGUGCUCGGCUCCAGCGCUUUAUUUUAAGAUGAUCGGCCAAGGUCUUUGCAGAUAGAUUUUAUCUGAAGUUAAAUAGCAGGCGCUCGCCGCUCGCUCGCCAAUAAGUCAUUUUUAAUAGAGACAAAUCGCUCUGGACGCCCCGGAGCGCCGGUGCCGCCGCUCCUGCCCGCGCCCCCCGCCGAAGGCGAGCGGGCAGCCCGGGCAGCUCCCUCCUCCCGUAAGUGUCCUGCUCGGCGGAUCCAGAGCGCGGCCGUGUGCGGAGAAGGGGAGGCAAGGGGGGGAGAGCCUGCCAGCCGCCCCGCCGCCCUGACAGUGCCUGCGCUGGAUGCACAGCGGCCGCGGGACACCUCGGCGCCGAGCGCGGCCAGGAGAUGCGCAGGGGUGGUGGGCUGCGCCGCGGCACUCGGCCCCUCUAGGCUCGCCCAUGGAGCGUCCCGCGGAGCCCCGUCCGCCGUCGGAUCCCCCACGCCGCUGGUGAGAGCUCUGCUUGUUCUGUAAAGUGGAUGUCAGGUGGAUCUAUGUUCUGGAAGGAACAAAGAGGCAGCGAAAGCAGCGCGGGGGAAGUUUGAGCGGCGAGGAUGCAGGCUGUGUACUGGUACGCGGUCCUUCUGCUGCAGCCCACUCUCUACCUGGUUACCUGUGCAAAUUUAACAAAUGGAGGAAAAACAGAACUUCUAAAAUCAGGAAGCUCCAAAUCCACACUAAAGCACAUAUGGACAGAAAGCAGCAAAGACUUGUCCAUCAGCCGACUGCUGUCACAGACUUUUCGUGGAAAGGAAAAUGAUACAGAUUUGGACCUGCGAUACGAUGCCCCAGAAACUUAUUCUGAGCAAGAUCUCUGGGACUGGCUGAGGAACUCCACAGAUCUGCAAGAGCCUCGGCCCAGAGCAAAGAGACGGCCUAUCGUCAAGACUGGGAAAUUUAAGAAAAUGUUUGGCUGGGGAGAUUUUCAUUCCAACAUCAAGACUGUGAAGCUAAAUCUGUUAAUAACAGGGAAAAUCGUUGACCAUGGCAAUGGGACGUUUAGUGUUUACUUCAGGCAUAACUCCACUGGUCAAGGGAAUGUAUCUGUGAGCCUAGUGCCCCCUACAAAAAUAGUGGAAUUUGACUUGGCACAACAGACAGUGAUUGAUGCCAAAGAUUCCAAGUCCUUUAACUGUCGAAUCGAGUACGAAAAGGUUGACAAGGCUACCAAGAAUACACUCUGCAACUAUGACCCUUCAAAAACCUGUUAUCAGGAGCAGACCCAGAGCCAUGUGUCAUGGCUCUGCUCCAAGCCCUUUAAAGUAAUCUGUAUUUACAUUUCCUUUUAUAGUACAGAUUAUAAACUAGUACAGAAGGUGUGUCCUGAUUACAACUACCACAGUGACACACCCUACUUCCCUUCAGGAUGAGGACCAACUUGUGUCUGAGACUGAAGCCUGGGGAAUAAAAGAGGUCAAAUAACAGGGCUGUAACCUCAAGGAGGAAGGCCAUAUCUAUUGCCUGGAAUGUGUCUACCUGCUGCUGCUGAUGUCAAAUGGCUGCAAAUAUGUUAGUGGAAAACAAUCUAAUGUAAUUUUUGCCCAGUCAGCUCCAUGUAUCCAUCUAGGUGUAAAUCACUAUGGAUUUGAAAUAAAACCAUACACAUACACAGAGACACACACACACACACUUUUCAGCUCACGUUAUUGAGAUUCCUGUUAAGAAAUCUUUCAUUGUCUGAUAUCUAAGGAUUCAGCAUAACCUAUCAUCAAGCAAAAUGGAUUAACUAGACAGUACAAGGUUUCUAAGGCAGACUGUUAUGGAAAUCUCCUUGAAAGUCCUUUGAGUACAUGCCAAUCAAUAAUCCCCACUCAUGCAUUCUACUGCUUGGAGCAGCUGUACUGGUAAAUAAUACUGUAGGAAUAAGUACUUGUUAAAAUGGGAAAAAGUGUGUUUAGAGUUCAGUAUUCCGUAUUAUAUGAACACAGCAAAGUGUCGUGACUUUUCUCAGCACACAGUAGGCACAUUCAAGGUGGUGUUGGUGGCUCUUUUUCCAUGGAGCAAGCCCGUUUCUAGUAAAGAUGGGCAAACAUUUGGAAUUUACAUGUGAGCAGACAUUCUGGUUUAAUGUUUCUCUGACUCUUUAAGCUCUGAUUCUUUAAACUUGUUUGAGUUUAGGCCAGCUAAACUACUUAAAAACUGGAAUUUAUCUCUAAGAAGGAAAAUGCCUGGCGGAGAACAUGUAAGUUAUAAGUGGCUGUCUUAUCUUUAUUACAAAAUAUUGUAACAAAUUCAAUAUCCUAGUCUUCAUUUGUAUGAAUGGUUUGUAUUGUACAUAAUUUAACCAGUGUUAUUUGAGCUGCUUAUUAAUAUUAACUUGUAAUUGUCUCUCUGCUUGUUAUUGUUUAAAACAAUCAAGGAAAUGAGGAAUCCAUUUUAUCAAUGUAGCUGUAAACUCCAUUAAAAGACAGAACUAUGUACAAAGCAUUUAUUCAGCUAAAGUAUUGUUGAAAGCUAUACAUAAACAACAUUACAGUCUGUCUGUAUUUAGAUAUUUUAUUUCCAGAGGGAAAAAAAUGAACUGUACAUAAAAAUAAAAAAUCUUAAAGUUGAGUUUCAA